AUGAUCAUUGAAAUGAAUAUUUAUGAGUACUUGAUGGAUGACGCUCUGGAGGCCCCAGGAGAAAUCAAUGACUCAGCCGACCAUACAAUGUUUUCGUUUCACAGUGGAGGUAUCCAGAUUUCUUGUAAAUACCCGGAGACCGUCCAACAGCUCAAAAUGAAGUUAUUGAAAGGGGAAGAAGUUCUCUGUGAGCUCACCAAAACCAAGGGAAAGGGAGACGGGGUGUCUAUCAAGAAUCCAAAGUUGUGUCCAUAUGAGAUGUCCAACAGCAGUGUUUCCUUUUUCCUAAACAACCUGUAUGGAUCUCAGGGCAGCUAUUACUACUGUAGCCUGUCGAUUUUUGAGCCACCUCCUUUUCAAGAAAAGAUCUUUGGUGGAGAAUAUUUGUAUAUUUACGAAUCACAGCUCUGCUGCCAGCUGAAGCUCUGGUUGCCCAUAGGGUGUGCAGCUUUCAUUGUGGUAUACAUUUUUGGAUGCAUAUUUAUCUUCCGGUUUGCAAAAAAGAAGUACGGAUCCAGCGUGCAUGACCCCAAUAGUGAAUACAUGUUCAUGGCGGCAGUCAACACAGCCAAAAAGUCUAGACUUGCAGGUAUAGAUUCCCUUUGGGGCUUGGGGAGGGAAGAGCACUCUUCAUUAUUAAGACCUGAAUUUUUUAUUUAUUUAUUUAUAUUGUAA